AUGCGUUUCUCAGCCCUCAUCCUCGCCUCCCUCGCCGGCCUGGCCACCGCAAACUUCGACCUCUACCUGGGCCACCAAAUCAUCCCCGUCGACGGCGGCGUCCUCCACGACGGCUGGUACAUCUUCGACAACGACCCCAGCAAAGCCGACGUCCGUUCCUCCCCCCCCUCUCUUCUUCCUACCAACCACCCCCCACAGGUCCUCGCCUACGGCCCCUACCUCUCCCAAGACGACGUCUCAGGCCGCACGACCGGCGUCCGGUGCGUCCGCAGCGGCUGCUACGGCGGUGCCGCCACAGACAUCAACGUCCUCGAGAUACACUUCAGCAACAACCCCCUCUACCAUUGGACCAUCUACAAAGACAGAGGCCAUCCCUACAAAAUGUAUGGCCUCGACGGCAGGACCUACGGGGAGUCAUCCUCUUCCCGGGCGUCGGUUUCCACCACAUGACCAAUUUCGCCGAAACCCGCAGCGGCAUCCGCAAGUUUCGGUGUCUGACGCAGUGUACUGCUCGGCAGAUCAGGGCUGCGAACUGAGAUGCCUACCUCUGACCGGGUGGUUACCCCUAGAGCAGGAAUAACUGGCUAGGUAGGUAGGCAUUCAUCCUAGAAAUCAAAUCAAUGGCAUCUCGCCAAAAAUCAUGAGCAAACAUACCAAUCUUGCAAUCGAAAAGCUUUCACCACCCUAGAGUCCCCAACAUCAAUCAUCCUUGUGAUAUCUCGAUUACUACAGCUCAGACUAGCUUCUGCCCCUACAUUUCACACCACAUCCAGACCAUCCCAAAUUCCAUAUGCAUAUUUCCCACACUAUAAAUUUCAUAAAAAAAAGUCUUCAUCACAUCGUAACCAAAAACAGCCGCCCACAUUAUUAGUAUGCUGCUGCCGCGCCCAAAAAAAUCUCAAACAAAGAAAUUCGCAACCAAUCACAUCAUCCAAAAAGAUCGCCUCCCAGAAGCUUACUAUCUAAUCUCGUCUUCAACUCGCUUCGCUUUGCUUGCUUGCUUGAUUCGAAAUUGCUCACUCAAGUCAAAGUAGCCAACAUAGCCUUCAUCAACCUGGGAGGGGGGCCUACAUCACAUCACCCAACAUGUCAGCUUCCUCAUCCUCAACAUGAUCAAGCAAAUGCAGCUGAAGGAAAACGCACCGAAUCCGGCAAACCGAGCACCGGUUACCGGUUCCUCGGCACGCUGAUAGACAUCCUACCUCGUUUGUCCUUCUCGAUUCUCAACCCUCCCCUCGCAGGCUCCUCAAUUGUCUCAAUUUCCUCUUCGUACAGCACCAGCUCGCCCGUCGACAACCGCUCCGCCCUAACCAGGUCGCCUCGGCUGCCGUGACGCGAGUGUCUGGACUUUGACCGUUCCCGCCGCGCGAGCUGCCGCUCCAGAUGCCGAAUCUCAGAUCGCAGCUCAUCAUUAUCGUCGUAGCGCCAGGUAUCCCGAGAAGGCUCGACAAGGGCUACCUCACGCGGGCGAGCGUCCACAAUCACUGUGGGUGGGCCCCUGGAGGUAAGAGAGGUGUCAUAUGACGUGGUUGUACCGUACGAGGUGGUAUCGUACGAGGUGGUCGUGUAGGACCGUGCUGGGGACUGCUCGCGGAUCAUGGUUGUCUUGACCACCUCGACGGGAGGGGCUGGUGCGGGAGCGGGCUGGGCGUUGAUGAUAAUAGGACCAUUACCGGCCGGGGCCGGCGGGUGUUGAUGGUGGUAGUGCACCGCUGGGGGAGGUGCCGUGGUGUGGUACUCGACAAUCUCUGUUCGACGUUCCUCAAUGAUAUCACCAGCGCUGGAUCGCGCGGCCAUGAUCUCGAACUCGCCUGGGAAUGUUACUUUUUUGUCCUGGUGGGGGAGUAACGGGGUGGGCGUACUCUUCUUAUAAUCAUCGCUCAGCUUCAGCAAAUCGUCAAUGUUCUUCUGGCCAAGUGCCUUCUGGACGAUGAUUGUGUUUCCCUUCGCAAAAUUGUCAGCAUCGCAUCUCUGGAGCUGCAUCACAGGGCGCCCAACUCACCUCCUCGACGAAUGGGUAACCAAGCUCAAUAAGCGCCCGCUUGGAGACCAGGCGCGCUGGAAUGCGGGUCUUGCCCUUCUUUGGAUACUCGCUUCGGGUAGUGAGGCUGGUGCCGCCGCUGCUGCUUGAGGAGCUGCUCCUGCUGGACGAUCGGGAUCUUCCACGACGGAUGCGCGACUCUCGACUCCGUGACCUCAUGCGGGUAUGGAUCACCUCCCUUUCGCGGACUCGGCCGGGAUGGUCAUGGUGAUGGUCAUCGACGUGGAUCUCGUCGAAGUAUUCACGUUCGGCGUACACUCUGGGAGGGGGCAGGGCUCGGUGGCGGGGCAGCGGCCGGUGGCUCUCGGCGUAGGGCGGGACACUGUGGUCCAGGCGGCGGGCGGGGGGUCCGUAUUCCUCACGCUCGUAAUAUCCACGGGGCCUGCGAUCAAAAGUGUCCAGGCUCGAUUGCCGUCUCAAAAGUCGUCCAGGACGGGGCGCAUUGGAGGGUGACGGGCUGCGGUACCUUCUCUCCUUCUCAAUCACGACAGAAGAUCUGCGCUCCACCUCACUCUCGGGAGAUGGUCGACGUCGAAGGAUACUGCGUGGUUGCUCGUCAUCAUAAAUGACCCGGCGGCGCUCCCGGAUGAUGGUCUCGUCGUCGUCAUAGGGGGCCCGGGAACGGCGGUCGACGGAUCGGUCGCGGUCGCGGGGGGGAGGCCGGGAUGUUACACGGCGUUCUCGCUCGUACACGUAGUCAUCGUCGUCAUCUUCGAAGCGCUCUCGGAUCUCGCUGAACCGAUCGCGGUCUCUUUCGUACUCGAAGCGGCCCCUUUCGAAGCGGUCGGGGCGCUCGCGAACAAGGUCAGGGGCAGAUGUCCGGUGAGCCAUGGUUCUGGUGGAGUACUACACGAGACGGACAAGUGCGGGGGUGUUCGGCAGAUCGCAGGCCAAGGGAGACCACAGAUUCAGGGUCCAAAGGGAUAUUUGAAUGCAGAGACUGGAAGUUUGCGCGUACGGAGAGAAAGCAAGAACUUCGAGAGAUUCCGACAAAAAAAGACGGUGGAGGGGGGUGCUGAGGGUCGGCUGUUCAAGGUUUCGACCGUCUCAGGUCCAAGAUGUUGGUCCGAUGACGACACAGAAUGGAGGGCGCCAAAAAAGCCUGCGCCAGGGGAGGGGGUCCAAGGCAAGAAGUGGACUGUGCGUUUUCCCCUUUCCCGUUUCCCUCGUUCGAUUGCCCGCUGUUUCCGGGAUGCAGCGGAACGGCAAAGCAGAGAUCGAACACAGCGGGAGAUGUUUUAUUGCAGAAGGAAUCGCUGCGCUCUCGCCGUUUGAGUGCUUCGUUUGGGAUCCCGAUACGUUGGUUUCGAGAGAAAACAAUGAUAGAGCUAAGCACGGGCUGUUUAGUGUAAGAGCUCAAGGUGGACUCGAUGGCUUUGGUCUUGUGAGGCUAGGGUCAGGCUGAUGCGUCGCAAAAAGACACAGAAAGCCCAUGAGCACAGAUGAGGUCUAUCCAGCCAUUUCUAUUUCUACAACUCGAUGUUGGGCUUCCGCACGCAUACCGCCUAAGCAGGGAUGGAAGGCAAUUUUUGGUGUGCCUUGUGUCUGUGUGACUGACUGAGCGUAGAGGUGAGGUUUGUCUCGGCUUCAUAUGCAAUGAUAGUUUCUGUUAGUUAAGCUAUCCGAUGUUGGUGAGAACCCUAGCAGAUUCCACAACUUGGCAUGAGAAGACCCAAACCACAUGGUUUAACCCAAUGCUUUGGUCUUGGGCUUCACCUCUGAGUUGAACCUCAACAAGCUUUCAUCGUGUGUCUUCACGGAUUCCUUUCGUACACAGACAGACGCACAGAAUUUGCAUCGGGACCUGGGAAAACCCCGCGCCC